UCUAAGCUUAUUGGAAGGCAAGCUUGCUUUACGGCUUAAGGUCGUUUUUUACGACAUUUUCCGGCUUCCCAUUCACUUCGCGGUGAAGAUGGCGUCGGGGAGUGGGACAAAAAACUUGGACUUUCGCCGAAAGUGGGACAAAGAUGAAUAUGAGAAGCUCGCCGAGAAGAGGCUCACGGAAGAGAGAGAAAAGAAGGAUGGAAAACCAGUGCAGCCAGUCAAGCGGGAGCUUCUCCGGCAUAGAGACUACAAGGUGGACUUGGAAUCCAAGCUUGGGAAGACAAUUGUCAUUACCAAGACCACCCCACAAUCUGAGAUGGGAGGAUAUUACUGCAAUGUCUGUGACUGUGUUGUGAAGGACUCCAUCAACUUCCUGGAUCACAUUAAUGGAAAGAAACAUCAGCGAAACCUGGGCAUGUCUAUGCGUGUGGAACGUUCCACCUUGGAUCAGGUGAAGAAACGGUUUGAAGUCAAUAAAAAGAAGAUGGAAGAGAAGCAGAAGGAUUAUGAUUUUGAGGAAAGGAUGAAGGAGCUCAGAGAAGAGGAGGAAAAGGCCAAAGCCUACAAGAAAGAGAAACAGAAGGAGAAGAAAAGGAGGGCUGAGGAGGAUUUGACAUUUGAGGAGGAUGAUGAAAUGGCAGCUGUGAUGGGCUUCUCUGGCUUUGGUUCCACAAAGAAGAGUUACUGAGGCUUUUUAUGCUUGGCCCUUUGCUGGGCUUAACUUUGUGUGAUGGGGGGGGUCAUUUUUCAGGGUGUACUUCGGAAAGUCCUUAAGCGUAGCAAUGGGGAGGGCUAGAGGGUGGAUGUUUGUGGUUUCCCUCUACCUUGGGAGAGCACAGGAGGCAGAGGUAAUGCUUUGGCAUAUUCCUUUAGCCUCGCUUUAUCACUGGAGUCACAGGCCCUCUGCCCGUUGGAGUUCCCAAUAAAGAAAAACCUCCUCUUCUGAGGCUGCUUUCCCGAAACUUCCCCUGCAUCUUUCCCUCUUCAUCUAUCCAAUCUCUUCUCUGAGCAUCCUACAUUUAUCCUGUGUUCUGCCUUUGUUUUAAUUUAGACUCUUGCUUAGCCUGCAGUGGAAGGGUUCUUUGGGUCCCCAGUUGAUACCAUAUCCUUGACCAGCCCCCCCCACCCCUUUCCUUCAUCCCCCACUGUGGUUCUCUGGCCGCCUGUGCAUGCAUGUGUACUUCUGCCUGGGUCAGUGGUAUGUGCGGAUGUGUAUGCAUGAAUCUGUCACUUAAGAGGGAACCUGAGCUAGAACCUCAGAGCAUUGCUGCCUUGGGGCCUGAUGUUCUCAGUUUCCUCAGUGCAUGGAACAGGAAAUUAAAUGGGAUGAGUGUUUGGUGUGGUUUUUGUCUGGUGAGUUUUUUAACCUUUUUAAUUUUUUUUCCCAUAUGUAGACUUCAGCUUUCCCUGUUUGUUUUAUUUUAUUGAGGAUUACUCUGUUUUUGUCUUCCUUAUGAGCAGGCUCUUGGAAGAACCUGCUUGAUGCAAAAAAGAAAACGGAAAAAAAACCUCAUAUGGGAGCCCUUUGGUCUCUGAGGCUGUUCAACAUGUACAAUAAAUGGCAUUGACUGGGCCUAUUUCACAUUUGGUGGGAACAUUCCAUAUUCUUCCCUGUGUAUUGUUUUUUCUUUCUACACUGAGGAUUUCCAUAUAGAGUUUAUUCUUUCUUCAUUUGAGCCCUGUCACUUUUGUUUUCUAGGUUCCUUCAGCAUGAGUUGUAUUUUCCUCUGAUGAGAUCUGUGUCUGGAAGAGUCUGAACAAAACUUUUCCUUUAAUUUUCGCCUCUUUUGAUCUUGUUUUUGGAAUAGCAGAGCCCAGGGUUGAACUUAGUGUUUUCCAUUACUACUGCAUUUAGGUGAGGCACAGGGUUACUCCCCCUUGGCACUGUUGGCAUUAGGGGCUGUAUAAUUCUUUGUUGUGGGAGCUCCCUUGUGCAUUGUAGGAUGUUGAGCAGUAUCCCUAGCCUCUACUCACUAGAUGCCAGUAGCUCCCCUUCCCCAAAUUAAAGACAACUAAAGAUGUCUAUGUCUCUGGGAGGUAUGUGUGUUUGUGGGGCGGUCGGGGCAGGGGGAGGAAUCCUUCCUCCCAGCCCCAUUAAGAACCAUUGAGAAGCUGCCUUCCCUACUUUACUUGAGAAUUAAGUGGCACAGACUGGUUAACUAAAGGAAAAACAACUUUGAUAUUCCCUGGACUAUCAGGGAAUAGUCCUGUGCCAGGUCCCAUGGAUGCAGAGGAAAAAAACCAGUCCUUUAAAUUAAGAAAACAAAAGUUAUACAAACUUCAAGCAGGUAAAUUCUGUAAUAACUUAAGCUAGUUCUAGACCCUGAAAAGCAGGCUCUGUUUGGGUUAAGCCUGCCACCAUGUGGCUUAUUUACAUUCUCAGCCUCAUCUAGUUUCCUCAGACAUCUUUAUGUAGCAUCUAAACCACUUUUAAGUCCUCCAAAGUACCAUACUCUCCUUUGGACUUUUGUACAAAAUUCCUUUGCUUUCCGGCAUGCCUUUUGCCUGUUUUAUUUCUGAUGCUGAAUCUUGCCACUGGCAACACUGUGAAUAUGUUUGUCUACUGGCUCAAGGCCUGGCUCAAAGUGUCACAUAAAGUAUUUGUUGCCCAACUGUGGGCUAAUUAA